AUGCCCACGAAGAUUCGACCAGUUGAGAAAUUUGCCAAGGCUACAGCCCAGUGCUCUGUAGAGGCUGCGGCAUAUGGCAAAUGCGUGGUUUCGGACUACAAUUCCGUUCAGAAGGACAUGUGUGCCAAGGAAUUUAUGCGAUUAAAAGAUUGUUUCCUUGCUGCUUCCAGAAAGGGUUGA